CGGUUCGGGACGUAGUUGAAGCAACGACAAGCCGGAUAACCGUUCUCGAGAGAUGACAUUUCUCAGCUGGAGGUGGCUAGCUCAGCUGGCCCUUGCUUGGUGACAGUCACAGGAAACCCUGUGGUGAAGGCUUCUGGAGCAGGCUACUGACCACAAGCCCAGGCGGUUGUUCAUGUUCUGUGUGAGUGUCCUGGGGUCACCCUGAAACUUCCCCCUCUUGGACAGGAUGACGCGGCAUGGCAAGAACUGUACUGCAGGGGCUGUCUACACCUACCACGAGAAGAAGAAGGACACAGCGGCCUCGGGCUAUGGAACCCAGAACAUUCGACUGAGCCGGGAUGCUGUGAAGGACUUUGACUGCUGCUGUCUCUCUCUGCAGCCCUGCCAUGACCCUGUGGUCACGCCAGAUGGCUACCUGUAUGAAAGGGAAGCAAUCCUGGAGUAUAUCCUGCACCAGAAGAAAGAGAUAGCCCGGCAGAUGAAGGCCUAUGAGAAGCAGCGAGGAGCUCGGAGAGAAGAGCAGAAAGAGCUUCAGCGAGCUGCAGCUCAGGACCAAGUUAGAGGCUUCCUGGAGAAGGAGGCAGCCAUCGUGAGCCGGCCCCUCAACCCCUUCAUGCCCAAGGCUGCCACCUUGCCCAACACAGAGGGUGAACAGCCAGGGCCCAGUGUGGGUUCCGUAGGCAAGGACAAGGACAAGGACAAAGCACUGCCCAGCUUCUGGAUUCCCUCGCUAACGCCCGAGGCAAAGGCCACCAAACUGGAAAAGCCGUCCCGCACGGUGACCUGCCCAAUGUCCGGGAAGCCACUGCGCAUGUCGGACCUGACGUCAGUGCGCUUCACGCAGCUGGACGACUCCGUGGACCGCGUGGGCCUCAUCACGCGCAGUGAGCGCUACGUUUGCGCAGUGACCCGAGACAGUCUGAGCAAUGCCACGCCGUGCGCAGUGCUGCGGCCCUCUGGGGCCGUGGUCACGCUGGAGUGUGUCGAGAAACUGAUCCGGAAGGACAUGGUGGACCCCGUGAAUGGGGACACGCUGACAGAGCGCGACAUCAUCGUGCUGCAGCGGGGCGGCACAGGCUUUGCGGGCUCCGGAGUGAAGCUACAGGCGGAAAUGUCCCGGCCAGUGAUGCAGGCCUGAGCCGUGGCCUAAUAAACGUGGAUGUGAAUGUCUG